AUGAAGAAGCUAGGUCUUUUUUUAGACGCGGCAGCCGUGGAGAAGUCCCAAAGGGAUCUACAGUCCUAUCAGAUAAAGAACAACAACUCACUUCAGUUGCGGGCAUUCUUGCUAAACGAGUCCGGCAUGUUCACAAAAGAUGGUAAAAAGUUGCCUGGAAGCGUAACGAAAGAGGAUAUCGAUGAUACGUCUAAAAGAGUGAUUGGUAGGGGUGCAAGUGGCGCAGUCUACUUUGCGAAGCUAAAGAAUGGAACCCCUGUGGCUCUGAAACACAUACCCAUAUCAUCAAAGCCGCAUCGAGAUGAAAUAGACCGUGAGCUGUCCUUUUUUAGCUCGCAGUCGAACUCACCUUUUGUCAUGAAGAAUCUAGGUGCAUUUUGGGAUUCUGAAGAGGCUGCCAUCGUUAUACCCAUGGAGUGGAUGGCAUACACUCUACAGGAUUUGAGUUACUUUUGGGAAGGUAUAGAGGAAACCAUAUUGCGCGAUAUCUUUUUUCAGGUUGUUUCUGGACUUGUCUAUCUCCAUGAUACAAAACGUGUGAUUCAUAGAGAUAUCAAGCCGAGCAACUUACUAAUUCGUGGUGAUGGAUAUGUCAAGAUUGGUGAUUUUGGGGUGUCCAAACUUGUUCAGACGCUUGAUGUUUCCUCAACAUACGUCGGGACAAUGUACUUCAUGGCUCCUGAACGCCUAGAGCAGGGUGCAUACAGCUUUGGUAGUGAUGUGUGGUCACUGGGACUCACAAUGAUAUCCACAGUCACUGGCAAAAAUCCGUGGGCGCCGCCGGAGGAAAUGAAUCUAUUCAACGUGUUGGGCAGAAUCGCUGGGGAUACGACACCGACACUUCCCGAAAGGCCUGCAUACUCUGAGAACGCCCGUGAUUUUGUAAAAAAGUGCCUGGUUAGAGAUCCACAAGAGAGACCAUUUUCCGCCGAUCUAUUGAAGCACCCUUUCUUUGAAGGAUGCACAGAGGAAAAAGCUGUUGCGAAUGUUAAGCUGGGGGUAGAGUACAUGACUCGCCUCAUUCACAACGAUGCGGAAAAAAAUGAGUGUUUGAGGCGUUCUCAGGCAGAUGUCACCAAGGAGGUGAAUGCAAAACUCGACAAACUUGGCGACUUGUAG